CCCCGAUUGCGUCAUAUCCUGGGCGCCGCCAGGGAGGCGCGCAGUUGUCGCUGGGCCGCGCCCGAGGCUGAGACCGGCAGCGCUCCCGCCCCGCCGGCAGGAUGUCAGCCACUAUUCCUGGAAGCUCAAAUGUGGCUGCUGGUGGUAACCGUCGUCUUCAGCAGACUCAACACCAAGUAGAUGAGGUGGUUGACAUCAUGAGAGUGAAUGUGGACAAGGUGCUGGAGCGAGAUCAGAAGCUGUCAGAGCUGGAUGACCGUGCUGAUGCGCUGCAAGCAGGAGCAUCCCAGUUUGAGACCAGUGCAGCCAAGCUGAAAAGGAAGUAUUGGUGGAAGAACUGUAAGAUGUGGGCAAUAUUGAUAGCUGUUGUUCUCAUUGUCAUCAUCAUCAUUAUUGUCUGGUCUGUGAGUUCGUGAGUUACGGGAGGAAGCUGGGAUCAGCUGAAGGUGCCACCUGAUGCCUCUCCGCUUGGAGCCUGCUGUCCUUCCAGCCCACGCACUGCUGUUCAAAGCAAACCUAUUUUGAUUACCGAAAUGCUAACUAACUUUACCUGGUUGCCUUAAGACACUCCUGUCACUAAUUACUAACAAGCACAGCCAGCCACGUGCACAGUGCCUUGAUAGAGGGGCGCGGAGCUGUCGAGGGGGAUUCGGCCCGGGAAUUUCCACGGUCGCUGCUGUAACCGGUUACAGGCUCCGUGGACGGUUCUGGGCCGCCGCCUCCUCCUCCUCGCCCGCCCCUCCCGGUGCCAUAGUGGGGACCGAGCCGCGGGGUGGCCGGUAGCGGGAGAGCCGCGCUGUCCCGGCCUCGUCGUCAGGGGGCGCUGCUGCCGCCCGGGGGCGGGGCCGCACGUGGCGGCGGGGCCGGGGCUCGCACGGGGGCCGCGUGCAGCGGCGCGUGAGGGGGCGGGGAGAUGCCCCUCACGGCCCCUGGCUCCGCCCCGCCGCUGCGUUUUCCUCCAAUAAAGUGGCUCCGACCCUG